UUUAAAAAUCAAUAUUUCCUGAAAGGUAACUGAAAACAGUAUUUCUGACAAAGUUAAUAAUGGAGACACAAUUUUAACUACAUCAUGUUGUUUAAAUAUCAGACAUUUUGAAAGUAACUCACUAACUGUUAAAGAUUUUAACUGUAAAUUUGUUACCUCUGUAUGACAUGCAAGACUCACAAUAAACAUUUUUCUGAAAGGCAAGUAAUUUGAUUACUAGAUUAUUCUUAUCUACACAUUGUUUGAUACACUGACCUAAAACAGGGAGAAGAAAUGCUGGUAAACAAAGUCUGCCAUCUACACCUUACACUUACAGUACUGAGAGGUUAACAGUGUUGUGUUUAGCAUUGAAUGACACGACUAACGUAGUCAUGCCAGUAAUAAGAAUGCUGCACGCUCUUUACUAAAUUCAGCAGACAUAAACAAGAUAUAAUUACAUAUCAGCCUGAAACAAAAAGCAGCGAAAUGUUAUUAGUACAUUUAGUGGUAAUAGGCCAGCCACAGUCAGGGGGGAGAAGUGUUACUCCCUUUGCAGCAAGGCCAAAUCAAUGCUCUUUCAAAUCGUAAGGGAAUUUAGAAAGUCUAAUCUUCUCAUAAAGUAAAAAGCAUUUUAAAAAGUCUUCAGAUACUGUUAUGCCUGGGUUCAAAAGAAUUGCAGCCACUGCAUUAAUCUCCAGCAUAAACUUUUUGGGUUUUGUAUACAGUUUAUACAUAUAUAAUCCGCCAAACAGGAUAAUCUCGUCGCUGACCCAUGAUGAAGAAUUUGGUGAGGAAUUUUAGGUAUUCCGCCAUUUUAUCCAGCAGCCUUCUACUUCAUCAGUAUGACCAUGAUCAUUAUCUUAUUUAGUCCUCUAGAGGUCUACUCGCAGACUUCUAUGAUAAUUCUGUGGGUCUACUCCUUCACACACUAGCCGACUAGCGCAAACAGCAGCAGUCUGCAUAUGGCUGACUCUUCAAAUGGUUUUUUGAGGUUCGAUCGGGGACCGUCUUUUCGUUUACGUUAGAUUUUAAAGCAAAUUAAAGCCUUGAGAACGAACAAACAGUCGAUUGGAUUAAUUCUUAAGUUAUGAUUACUCUUCUUGCGGCUUUAAUUCAUUUUAACUCUAUUCAUUAUAGUACUCUUUAACACCGCUUAUACAGUAUAGAUAUACCGUACCCUUCUAACCUUGAACCUUGACAUUCUGACUUACCACAUGGUCUCCAAGAGCAAGUGCUGCACCACUCGAAGAAACUUUUAAAGUAUUUAUUUUGACAUUAUGCUGCUCUCGGUGGCCAUACUCUUGCAACAGCUACACUGGCUUGCACCUGCAGCUCUGAUGUUGGGUUCUGCUCCGUGUUUUCUCAUGUUGUGGUGGCCUGCACGGGUGUGCACCUCAGUUUUGCCUAAACGUUUCUACCGACGCGCAGAUGACUUCAUGUUUUCCACUUACAUCCGUCUCCUCCUAUUUUUCUUUGAAAAUUGUUCAGGCAUGCAGAUGAUAUUUUAUGGUGAUGUAAAAUUUAAAAAACCUAAAAGUGUUGAAAAUGCAAUCUUCAUUUCAAACCAUCAAAGUACUAUGGACUGGAUCCUUGGCUGUUCUUUGGCUUUGAGAUGUGGUGCCUUGAAUCGAUGUCGUUUUGUGGUGAAAGAUGGGCUGAAAUAUUUUCCGUUAUAUGGCUUCUAUCUGACCCAGCAUGGUGUUUUGUACAUAAAACGUGCAGGCAAGUUUCAAGAAAAUAAAGCCCAAAAACAGCUGCAAAACAUGGUGAAAGCAAACAUGCCUAUGUGGAUGGUGGUUUUUCCUGAGGGUACUCGAUUCAACCCAGACCUGAAGAAUGUUAUCAAGAGUAGCCAAGAGUUUGCUCGUCAGCAAGGAGUAAAGGAACUUGACCAUGUACUGUAUCCACGUGCCAAAGCCACUCAGGUGUGUCUCCAGGAGCUGCGCAGCUAUGUGACUUGUGUUUAUGAUAUAACUUUUGGGUACAACAAGACAUGGGAUCCCAACACAGGGAACCGAUUAACAGCUCCUGGAAUGCCAGAUUUCUUGUCAGGUUGCACAAGCAAAGUUCAUGUACACAUUAGCAAGAUUUCUGUCAAAGAUAUUCCUUCAGAUGAACAAGGGAUUAAGAUGUGGCUUUAUCAGCGUUUUCAAAUGAAAGACGAGCUGCUGAAACACUUCUACUCUUUUGAGGACCAAGACAAAGCCUCGUUUCCAGGUCAGGGUCAUCAGGUGUCACUUGGCCUCAUGUCCACAUUCCCUUCAGCUUUACUCUUUGGAGUCAGCUUUGCUGUGUGCAUGACCUUUAAAGAGGCACGAAGCAUAUACUGUAAAGUUGGGGCAGUCAGCCUACUGGCUGGUCUUGUAUGGGUGUCAGUUAGGUCUUGAUUUGAACAUGGAUGUGUAUAGGUGGAUGUCUGUCUGUCAAGACCAACGCCUAGUCUGUUGCGAAGUUCUCCUCUGUUAGUCUUGGCGAGCCUAAACAAAGCAUGUGACUAACAGGAAGCUUUGUACAAGCAUGCCUCAUUUUAGUAAACUGGAAAAAAUCGUCUACCAGCAGUCCUGUAAUACAAGUUCGCGAUUUGAAGCUUCAACUGGUUUGAUGUCUCCUUUUUUAUUGCAGUUAGGUUGUAUCGGUGAACGCGUUUGCCUGUAUAACAAUGAAAACAAUUCUGUACUCAUCUGAUAAUGAAGGCACAUUAUGGUUAAAAAUGUCUGUGGUGGAUAUUUUCUCAUGGUACAUGAAUUGUUAAUGGCCUGUUAUCAAACUGUAGAUAAGGUGAAUGAUCAUAAAAAGAAGUCCUUGACACAUCAUUAAAAAAAUAUAAAAUUCGCUUGUAUGGGAGGAGUGCAUGUGUUGAGAGAGAUUUCUCAAGCUAUGAGCAUCUAUCUCGGCACUAAUUGUCUGUUACCUUGAUAUUGAGAUUCAAGUCGGGGCUGGUAAUUUAAAACUCCCAGGAUAGGCUUUGGUAAAAUUGGUUGAUUAAAAGCCGUCACCAAAAGAAAAAAAUCUUGAAAAACUAUUAAGUAAACAUUGUUAUAUAAAAGAAAUCUUACAACUCUUGGGAGGUGUAUUGUGUUCAGAUGAAAAUAAGACUGUUAAUCUAUGUGAGUUGAUAAUUUUUGUCAUUGUACAGUGUUUUAAAACUUACUGAUGAAUGCUUUUGCUGGAUUUAUGUAUUUUCCAUUACACGAUUUGGGCAUAACAAACAUCAGUACACUGCCUUUUGGUGAAGAAUAUUUGUGUUUAUUAUGACUUUUUAUGACAGUAAUUAAUGAGUAUAUGUAUAUGUGUAAGUGCAUAUUAUUCUGAUGCACAGGUUUUUUUGCACACUUGCCUACUAACUGAUGGUCUCGCAUGCUUUUUCAAGACUUGAAGUUCUGUGUUUUUAAUUUUACACCCAUUUUGGUGUGUCUUUAAACUGAAUAGGUAUCUGUGCCAUGAUAGUAGUAUAGGGCCGAGUUGCUGACUCUGCUACACUUGAGCAUCAGAAGACACAAUAAUUAGCUGCAAUUGAGCAGCUCAGAAGAUGCGUGAAGCUGUCAGAUAUUUCUACGAGGUUCAAAUUGGAGAAUGUAGAGAAUAAAACCCAUCAGUUCGUUAUGGUCACGUGUAGUAGUAGUCACAACAAUUUUCAUAGUGCCACCGCAUGAUACUAUUGAGCAUCUGUUUGUAGCCUUAUUUUGUGGAUAUACCUAUACCUUUGGUUAUGGGUGACACUAUUACUACAAAUUAUUCAUUUUGAGAAUUUUGUUUUCAUUUCUUUUAAAGAUAAAAGCUAUAAAAACUAUAAAACUAUAAAAUAUAUUGUGGAAGAGUGUUGUUUUCCAACUCUAUAUAGGCAUUAGAUAAAAUAUUUAUUAUGCUCAAUCAGUUGUUUACCUGUAGAGAAGUUGUUAGGGUCUUCCAGACUGAUAAUGUCUCCUGGUGUUUUCUACCUUUCUUACUAACAUUGUUGGCAGGUCAACUUUGUAUCUUACAUACCAAAGAAAUGGUACUUAUCAUAAUUCUGAGAAUUUGUUGAGAUCAAUACAUAUAUACAAUUUUUAUGAUGUGAAACAGGUAAUUUUUAUAACAUUACCUAGUUAGUAUUCUGCCUCCUGGAUGAGCCAUUUAAAAAUAAAUUUGUCUCUUACAUGCAACUAUUUUAAUUUCUACAAUCUAGUAAAUAUGGCUGCCAUGCUUGUAUGACACUUGUAUUGUUUGUUAAUAAAUUAUGUUCCUUCCUCCUGCGUUUUAUGCUUUUUGAAGCAUUUAUUAGGAAAUGUGACACAAGACUGCUACAAAACCCUUAUAAAGAUUUUAUUUUGUGUUCUAUGACAGUGGUAUUAGUUCUUUUAUGAAAUUGCUUAAUAUUUCCAAUUCCAAGUCUGGAUGUUGGUUUAAGUAUAAUUUUUUAAUACUUUUUUAAAAACAAGUUUAAACUUCUCAAAUACAAGUGCUUUGACCACCAUUUCAAUUGAUUCACUUUUUCUCUUGGUUUUCUAUGUUUGGAAUUUAGUUUUUCCACAUAUUCCAAACUGUAAAAAUCCACAAGCAAUUUCAAUUUUUAGCUAUUAUUUUCCAACUAAUUUUUCCUUCUUAUUUCUGGAUCUUUGCUUGAUAUCAACAAACACAUCUAACAUUUACAAUCAGUUAUCCCUUGGACUGGUACCUAUCACUGGAAGAGGGGGCAAGUGGAUAAACACGGCAGCUGACAGAGCCCCUACUCAUCCCUAUUUUGGGCGAUAGCAGGUCCUGUACAGGACGACCAGUCCAGUCUUUGAUAUUUGUAAGGCAGUUCUUCCUCUUGCCAUUGCCGCAUUGACUACCCUCCAAGGUGCCCUGAAGGAUAGUCUUCGACAAGGUGUCAUGCCGAGCACAUAUAUGACAUCAUUGGGAAUGAUGGGGGCUGCCCAAAACCAGGUCUCCUGGCGAGGUGUUG